AUGAGUAAAUAACUUAAAAAUACCAACAUAUAAAAUGAUUCUGAUGAUGAUAACAAGCCAAAAAAAAUAGUGAAAAAUAAUGAAGACAAUUUAGUUAAAAAUAAUGAGGAUGACUAAGAUUUUGAAAUUGAUUCAAACAUUGAGGAUGAUGAUGAGAUUGAGGAAGAUGGUAUUUAUAUGAUCUUAAAUAAUUAGGUGAAUAGACAUCUUAACACUCUAGUAUAGAUAUAAAUGCAUACUUAUAACAGAGAGAUUAAAUUCCAGAUACAGAUGAAGAUGAAGAAGAAGAAGAUCUUAAAUAAAAUAAUAAAUAAUAAUCAACAAAACUAAACACUAAGACAUAAAAAUCUAAUAAAAAAAUAAAAUAAAAACAAUUAAAUGAGAUUGAGGAUGAGGAAAAUAGUGAUGAAGAAAAUUAAGUUGAUGAUGAAAAUGAAGAAGAUGAGGAACCAAAACCUAAAAAAAAAGUAUAAUUCUAAUAGAUUUAAAAUUAACAAACAAUAAAAAAGUCAAAAUGA